AUUAUAAUGAGGAACAGCCUUUUUAUUACUAUUACUCUGACUGCACUUAUACUUUUCUCAAGUGUGAAGACUACCGAAGCUAGCUUUCUCAAAGGGAUCCUAAAGCAGGACAUGACUGCAAACUUGUUGGAUCGUUUCAUGGACGGAAUGAAGAUUAAUGAGCUUGCUUCUAAUACUACUGAAUGUGUCCACUAUUCUGAGUUGGCUUACUCCAAUUUGAAAUCAUCACUCACAAACUUUGCGACUAUAGGCUGGGACGUCGAAAGACAUAUGGACUUCCUCUUAUCCCUUGGAAAUCUUGCUCCAAUGAUCAAGACCUGUUACAAUACCACAAAGAAUGGCACUGUCGAAUUCUUUGAGUAUAUUAAUGACAUUCAUAAUUUCACAGAGUUCACUGAUCAACUUUUAAUAGGAGUAAUAAGGCGCUCCUGGGAUUGGUACAAGAUUACUAGCUCUCUGAUAUUUGCCAUGGACGUUAACAGAAUUGAUGAAAUUGCCUAUCAACUUGGAGUUGCCACAAGACUACUUAUUGAUGAGGCCCCAACAUUGAAAAAAUUGGAUACUUUAAGAAAUAGUCAAUCUUCAAGCCCUUUCAGUCUGAAGCUUCCAGACUUGAGACCCUAUGAGAGAUUCCUUUCAGGAUUCAUUAACGGCUCCCAUAUCUUCAACUCAACCAAUAUUACCCACUGUGUCAAUGAGACAAAGUUCAUGGCUGAUGCAUUUGAACAUGCUAAUUUUGGAAUCUCAAGCCAAACCACCGAUGGAUAUGAACACGCCUUAUUCGAUAUUGCUGAUGUGCUUGAGCACCUAGCUCCCCACACUGAAGCAUGCUAUGGAGGUCUCAUCGACAUCAUGGAUAUUUUGAAUAGAUAUAACCAGACCAUCUUCUCCCCAACUCAAUUGGCAAUCACUGCGUUUAGGAAUAGCCCCGCUCUUUAUGCUGAUGCUGUGUCUGCUUAUGAUAACUAUCACAGCUCCAAUUACACUGCUAUGGGAUGGAGGAUCGGGGAUUUCCUCUUUAAUGUUUUUGCUAAUAACUAGCUUUCAUUACCAAUA